AUGACACAGCCUGAGGAUCCACUCACUCCCGGGCUUUCCAACAAUGACCUCUGGCGGCUAAUCCGACGUUUCGACAAGCAAGUCUCCCAUGUUGAAGCAAUUCCCUGCACGGACUCUCACCAGCUUGACCUCAACCGCGCUGCCGACGAACAGUUUCCUGCAUCCAAACUGCAGAAAACAAUCGAGCGCUUCUACGUCUCUGUUCUUGUCAAAGUCGGUCUCUUCAUCAGUCACGUUAACCAUCUACGAUCGUGGGAUGAUCCCCGUAGGACGGGGGUCUUUGGCGCUGUAUAUCUCAUAGCAUGGCUGUGCGACUUCAUCAUACCCCUGCUCAGCAGUAUCCUUCUCGCUAUGAUAUUCAGCCCUUCGAUUCGCUCGUCUCUUUUCCCUCCGAUCCCUGAGAGUGAGUUGCAGACGCAGGGACAGCCCUCUUCAAGGGAGGAAAGUACUCUCCAUGUCCAUGUACCGCCAGUAAACGAGGGGGAAGCCGAGGAUGAAGCUGCGGAUCUUGUAAACGGCAUCAAGUCUUCGAUCCAACAGGAUGCGCAAGAAGCUAUCGGGAUCCCGCCUGGUAUUGAUGGUUUAGAACCCGAAGUCGUGGUCGCAUCAGAUACCGCCAGCGCCGAUGAGCCGGGGAAGGCAAAGACUUCUCCGGCGAUCAGAAUAACUCUAUGCGUGAUCAGUGACAUAACAGAUCUUUGCGAGAGGUUCUCCAACCUUCUCUCGCCUACUCCGCCAUUCAGCCUGAUCGCGCCUCGUCUGCAGCUGGCUGCAAUACUCAUGCUCAUAUUCCUGGCUUCACUAUCAGUUUCAAGCCACUUGAUCGUGAAGACAUCCUCCCUGGCAAUUGGGUUUGGGUUCUUUGGUGAUCCGGUUCUCAGUCGAGCCAUGGACUUUCUGAAUACCAAGAUUCCGAACUGGAAGACUUAUCUGGAUAUUGAAAAGACACUCCUCAAAGGCGUUCCAACAGAUGCUCAACUUACCUUGACCCUGCUGCGCAUCGGCGAACUGAACUCAAGCCCACUCCCAGUUCCGCCCCGGUCAGACUCGGCCUCAAGCCCAGAGCAGUCUCCACUGAAGCUCUUCCGCCGGAAAUCUUCCAAGACAGUUGAAACUGGGUCUGAUGCAUCGGAUGCGGUCGAGUCUAACAAGAGUCAAACCGAGACCGGAACGGUUUCAUCAGAGGGAGAAUCCACGAAGAAAUCGAAAGCCAAGAAAUGGCUUCGCAUACUGAAAUUUGCGCGCCGCGCUAUCACAACAGCAAUCAAGGGCCAUGUCGCGUACAACCGCGCGAUGGGCCUCACGGGCGCCGGAUCCCGAUACUACGCAAAGAGUCUCCUCUCCGCCGCCCUGGACAGGAAUCUCACUUUUCAGCAUCUAAGCGUACUCGCGCUUGGACCGCCGUCUUCUCACCACCUCCACGGCGGACCAUUUACGUUCGAAGCCAAAUUCGAACGGAAGCGUGGAACGGCAGUUCUUGAUUUCUCGGAUAAUGAACAUCCGAUCCUGUACUUCACAUCCAAGAAUGCGGCGAAGAUCCAGGAUGAUCUUAGGAUUGAUAGCCAGAAGGGUGAGAAUGUGCUUUUCCGUGUUCCAGUGGCGGAUAUUAGAGAACUGAGAAAGACAGAGGGGCUUGGGUGGAAGGGGAAGUUGAUUGUGCAGCUUGCGGCAGGGGGCGAGGGGUCAACGGAGGGAUUGGUUGUUCUCGUCAAGGAUGAGGACGGGGUAGAAAGGAGCUAUCAUCUCACGGGGGUGAGAGGAAGGAAUGUACUGUUUAAUCGGCUUGUUGCCGGUGGUGGGCAGUGUUGGGAAAUGUACUGA